AUGUCUGCUCUCAAGGCCGGUGAUAACUUCCCCGAGGACGUCGUCUUCGGCUGGGUGCGCCCCUCACCCGAGACCGCCGGUUUCAACGCCUGCGGCGUCCCUACCAAAUAUCCCGCCAGCUCCCAGUUCAAGAACAAGAAGGUCGUCCUCGUCUCACUCCCUGGUGCCUUCACCCCCACCUGCUCGGCCAACCACGUUCCCGGCUUCAUUGCAAAGACUGCUGAGCUCAAGGCCAAGGGCGUCGACCAGGUCGUCGUAAUUGCCUGCAACGACGCCUGGGUCAUGUCCGCCUGGGGCAAGGCCAACAACAUUCACGACGAGUUCAUUAUCUUCGCCUCGGACGACGACUGCAAGUUCAGCAAGAGCAUCGGCUGGAUGACCUCUCCCGACCGUACCGGCCGCUAUGCCAUUGUCAUUGACCACGGCAAGGUCACCUACGCCGAGCUGGAGCCCGCUGGUGGUGUCACCGUCUCUGGCGUCGACGCGGUCCUGGCCAAGUUAUAG